UUGAAAGUGACCGUUUAAACCGUUUUUUAAUACAAUGCAUAAUUCAUGUUUUGGCCAAUCAGAAGUUUCGGCGAUAUGACGUCAUGCGAAUUUUUGUCGCGCGGUAUUUCCCGCAGUUGUUAACCUCCAAUAUUUACAUCAACAAGCAUUGAAUUUGAACCAGAAUUUAGUAUUUGAAAUGACAACCGAGACUACGAAGAUAGCGUUUUUCGGUGACAGUUAUGUAGUUCGUUUGGAACGGUGGGGUGUGAUUCCAGAUGUGCCUGGUCGUUUCCGGUUUUUCGGGCAGGGGGGGAUGAGGGCCCAGCGGCCUCAUCAACAAUUGCUCGAAAGGAUGUUAAGAUGGGAACCAGAUGUAGUUAUCGUCGUCCUUGGGGGAAACGAUAUCACUUCAAGGUGCCAGCCACGUGAUAUAAGUCUGGACAUCCUUAAGUUGUGUCGGCUGGUGAAGGCCCGAGGUGUUGCCACCGUGGUGGUGGCCGGCAUUUGCCAGAGGUGGGCAUUUCGCGAUAACGCCCUUACAUCGGACCGCUUCACGGCCAUAGGCAGCGCUAUCGAUCGUUGUGUCAAGAGAUAUUUUCCGGUAUCAUCCAUGGUUCACGUGCGGGAGGAUGUCCACUGGCUUUCAGACGGCGUACAUCUAAGUGAGGAAGGAAUGGCAGAAUUUAUGGAGAGUCUAAGGCUGAAGUUGGCCAAGAUUUUUAAACCUAAGGACUUAGUAUUGUAAACAAGGACUGUUUGU